GCUGCGCGGGCGGCGGGCCGGCUGGCGUGCGCGCUGGCGGAGGCGCCCCCUCGGCAGGGCUGCGCGCGAGGUCCGGCGGCGAGGAGGCGGGUCCCUCCCCGGCCCCGAAGGCGAGCCGGCGGGGCGGAGGGCAGCUGCUGGCGAGCCGGAGCAUCCGCUGCGCCUCCCCGCCCGGGCGAUUCCGCGGGAGCGGCGGCCAGUGCCCCCUUUCGUGUGGAUUUCCCCGUGCUUGGCGCAUGAAGACUGCUCAUCCGUGAGAACAUUGCCUGGGGUCACUGUGAGACACAGAAAAUGGUGGGACUUAACAAGAAGCUUUUGGGAUCCUAACGGCACCAUAAGAAUGAAGAGAAGAGCCAUGGGGGUGCUUUGGCUGUGGGUGGCCUGCCUUCUUGGCCUGGCAGUGUCUCUAGAAGAAAUUCUUUUGGAUACUAUGGGGGAGACAUCUGAGAUUGGCUGGACUGCGCAUCCUCCUGACGGGUGGGACGAGGUGAGUGUCUUGGAUGACAAGAAGCAUCUUAUCCGUACCUUUGAGGUGUGCAAUGUUGGGGACCCAGGCCAGAACAACUGGCUUCGCACUCACUUCAUAGAGCGUCAGGGAGCCCGCCGGGUCCACGUCCGCCUCCGCUUUUCGGUGCGUGACUGCGCCAGUAUGAGGAACGUGGCCUCUUCCUGCAAAGAGACCUUCACACUUUACUAUCACGAGGCGGAGGCAGAUGUGGCCACUCCAGAGCACCCCGAGUGGCACGAGGGACCGUGGACCAAAGUGGAUACAAUUGCGGCCGAUGAGAGCUUCUCGCAAGUGGACAGCACUGGGAAGGUGGUGAAGAUGAACGUGAAAGUGCGCAGCUUUGGGCCGCUUGCCAAACCAGGAUUCUAUUUAGCCUUCCAGGACUCGGGGGCUUGCAUGUCCUUGGUGGCUGUCCAGGUCUUCUUUUACAAGUGCCCCACCGUAGUGAGGGGGUUUGCCUCCUUCCCAGAGACCUUUGCUGGAGGGGAAAGGACGUCGUUGGUGGAGGCGCUGGGGACUUGUGUGGCGGAUGCGGAGGAAGCAAGCACGACCGGCCCCUCUGGAGUGCGGCUGCAUUGCAACGGGGAAGGCGAGUGGAUGGUGGCCAUUGGGAGGUGUGCCUGCCGUGCCGGCUUUGAGCCUGCGGAUGACGAGAAGAUCUGCAAAGCUUGCACUCCUGGCACCUUCAAAGCCUCUGCGGGUGACUCCUCUUGUAGUCCCUGUCCUGCCCACAGCUCUUCUUCCAUGCCAGGCUCCAGCGAAUGUGCCUGCCAAGCCCGAUACUACCGUUCAUCUUUGGACACCUCUGAUGCUCCCUGUACCAGCACCCCUUCAGCCCCGCGUGACCUUAGCUACGAGAUUGUCGGCUCCAACGUCCUGCUGACCUGGCGUCUCCCGAAGGAGUUGGGCGGCCGAAAGGAUGUUUUCUUCAACGUUAUCUGCAAGGUGUGCCCGACAGGGUCCCUGGGGCCUUGUGUGCGUUGUGGGGACAGCGUCCAGUUCGAGCCACGCCAGGUAGGGUUGACGGAGAGCCGGGUCCAAGUCUCUAACCUCCUGGCCCGCGUGCAGUACACCUUCGAGGUCCAAGCUGUCAACCUGGUGACUGAGUUGAGCCCAGAUGCCCCCCAGUACGCCGCCAUCAAUGUCAGCACCAGCCAGGCAGUCCCUUCUGCUGUUCCUAUGAUGCACCUGGUGAGCCGCACAAUGAGCACCAUCACUUUGUCUUGGCCACAGCCAGACCAGCCAAACGGGAUCAUCUUGGACUAUCAGCUGCGAUAUUUUGACAAGUCAGAAGAUGAGGACAACUCUUUCAUGGUAACCAGUGAGACGAAUAUGGCCACCAUCUCCAAUCUGAGCCCAGGGAAGAUAUAUGCCUUCCAAGUGCGAGCCCGGACAGCAGUGGGUUAUGGGCCCUACAGUGGAAAGAUGUAUUUCCAGACCCUGGUGGGAAGUGAGCGCUCUGUGAUGGUGCAAGACCGACUGCCACUUAUUGUGGGUUCAGCUCUUGGGGGUCUCGCCUUCCUGGUCAUUGCAGCCAUCGCCAUCCUCGCCAUUGUCUUCAAGAGCAAGAGGCGAGAGACUCCUUACACAGAUCGCCUACAACAGUACAUCAGCACGAGGGGCCUUGGGGUUAAAUAUUACAUUGAUCCCUCCACCUAUGAAGAUCCUAAUGAAGCUAUUCGAGAAUUUGCCAAGGAAAUUGAUGUGUCUUUUGUCAAGAUUGAGGAGGUCAUUGGAUCAGGAGAGUUUGGAGAGGUGUGCUUUGGGCGACUGAAGCCUCCAGGAAAACGAGAAUACACUGUGGCUAUUAAGACCCUGAAGACCGGCUACACUGAUGAGCAGCGCCGGGAGUUCCUGAGCGAGGCCAGCAUCAUGGGCCAGUUUGAACACCCGAAUGUCAUCCGUCUAGAAGGUGUGGUCACCAAGAGCCGUCCCGUCAUGAUCGUCACGGAAUUCAUGGAGAACGGAUCUCUGGAUUCUUUCCUCCGGCAAAAGGAAGGGCAGUUCAGUGUGCUGCAGCUGGUGGGAAUGCUGCGGGGCAUAGCAGCCGGCAUGCGUUACCUUGCAGACAUGAAUUACGUCCACCGGGAUUUGGCUGCCCGAAAUAUCCUAGUCAACAGCAACCUGGUUUGCAAGGUGUCUGAUUUUGGGUUGUCGCGGUUCUUAGAGGAUGAUGCGUCAAAUCCAACUUACACAGGAGCCUUGGGUGGCAAGAUCCCAAUUCGCUGGACUGCCCCAGAAGCCAUCCAGUAUCGCAAAUUCACGUCCUCAAGUGAUGUCUGGAGCUACGGCAUCGUGAUGUGGGAGGUCAUGUCUUAUGGCGAAAGACCUUAUUGGGAUAUGUCAAAUCAAGAUGUUAUUAAUGCUCUCGACCAGGAUUAUCGCCUGCCGCCUCCCCCGGACUGCCCCACAGUCUUGCACCUGCUGAUGCUGGACUGUUGGCAGAAGGAACGGGUCCAAAGGCCCAAAUUUGAGCAAAUUGUUAAUGCCUUGGACAAGAUGAUCCGCAAGCCAUCCGCCCUCAAAGCCACUGGCACAGGGAACAGCAGACCAUCCCAGCACCUGUUGAGCAACUCGCCUCCCGACUUCCCAUCCCUCACCAACGCCUAUGAGUGGCUGGACGCCAUCAAGAUGGGUCGCUACAAGGAGAACUUUGACCAAGCGGGCCUGACAACCUUUGAUGUCAUCUCUCGCAUGACUUUAGAGGACAUCCAGCGCAUCGGCAUCAGCCUGGUCGGUCAUCAGAAGAAGAUCCUCAACAGCAUCCAGCUCAUGCGGGUCUACCUCAAUCAGCUUGAACCCGUCGAGGACAGAUCGGUUGAACUCUGAACCUAGUUUGGGAGUUUGUGGAACUUGAACCCAAACUGCUGUGGGCAAGCAAGAAGAAUGGAAAGCAUCUCAUGGUCAAUGGCCACAAGUCCUUUUUGAGAGCACAGAGUUACUUUUGCCAUUUCCAACUGGCUACUGAGACCAGAGGAAAGGAAAUAAAACAUUUGAUGGAGAAAUCAGAGUCCACACAAGGAUUUCUCAGAACUACAUGUCGGUCUCCGAGGGGCUGCCGCUGGCCUUCUGAAGGGGUCAGAGACUGCGGGCUGUUUAAUCCAAAGAGGUUUACAAAUAAAAUUUAGUGCAUUUCAACUCUGAGAGAUGAUUCCCAUAGAACGCCAGCAGCUUUGACGUGUACCGUAUGGGAGAGCAGGCCUCUGUGCAGCUUCUUAAACAGCAUUGCUCUAGAUA